AAGCAAAACACCCACACACUCACUCUCAAGGAAUAAGUCGUUCAUCUCUGUUUCUCCAGCUAACUCCUCCGAAGUAAUACACACUUCCCAAAGUUUGUCAAUACAAACACAAAUACAAAGAAACCACAGCUUGAAGCUUUUAGUCUCUCUGCUAUACAAUACACACGUCAAACCCACGAAACCUGUACUGUACAACUUAUCAGUAACAAAUACCAUUUGUUGUUUUUUUUUUUUUUCUUUCUUUUUAAAUUUUCCUUCUUUUUGCAAAACAAGAAAUGAUUCUGUGAAACCCUAAUUUAAAUCUUCUAAAACCCUAAAAACCAUUUCUACAUAUCAGAAUGAUUAAUGGUUGUGAUGAUGAUGCAGCCACAGCUGACAUCCUCUUCUACAACACCUACCCAAUCCCCUCUUUCUCUUGGCCUACUCUCAACUCCUCACCGCCAACCGCCGUUAACUUCGUUGUCAGUUGAUCAUGUAAUUGCGCCGUCCAUCACGGCUGUGCACCACCCCGCUGAGCCAGCAGCUCCGAUGCUGGCCAAGGUUAGACUAUCUGACAUAGCACCUUUUGAUGGGGCACCAUCUGGGCUCUACAUGAAGGCGGUGGAGGCUCUUUCUGGGUCCUUGAUGAGGCAUAAUGCUGCAGUCAUUGAAUUAGGCAGUGAGGAUGCUGCGCUUAUGAGAUGUGGGUUGGAAGCAGCGCGCUUGUUUUUCAGGUGUCGGGUUCAGAACGUUGGCAGUAAGGGAGGCGGCAGCCGUGGCGUGUACAUGUACAGGGCUGGAAGGGCUUUGGAAGAUUGUGACUCGUCUCCUCCAUGCAUGGCUGAAAUAUUUAGGUGCAUGGGGAAAGCGGCUCGUGCUGCUUUAUGUGCAAUAGCUAGGCAUCUUCGUUUGCGGAGCGAUGUCUUCAACCUUCUACUUGAUGAUACCCCCUUACCUGCAAAUGAGGUGUCCUCAUCAGUACUUCUUGCCACCUAUUCCCAUGCUUCCUUGCAAAAUGGAAAGGUGGCUAUUGGAGGAGGGAAGUCUGCAGUUAAUAGUGAAGUUGAGAAGGGAUUGUUAACACUCAUUUCUUCAGAUACUCCUGGUUUACAGGUUUGUGACCCCAAUGGUCGAUGGUACCUGGCUGAUUGUGGUUCAAUGGAUCUUUUACUCAUCACUGGCAAGGCUCUUAGCCAUGCUACUGCAGGCCUUCGUCCUGCAGCUUCAUAUAGAGCAGCUCUUGAUUACUCAUCUGGCACUAAUAAUGGUGGGAGGACAUCAUUGGCAUUUAGGCUUAUGCCACAGGGCAAUGCCAUAUUAGAUUGUUCUCCAAUUGCAGCAGCAGGUCAUGUCAUUCCUCAAAGCUAUGUGCCAAUAUCCGUAAGCCAGUUUAUGGAUGACCUUUCAGCUGAGGAGGAUGUAAUGUGCAAUCAGUCUGAUAAUAACUAUGUUGCUCGAUGUAACUUGAAUAAAGAACCAUCAUUAAGAAGUGUUCUCUCAGAUCCAUUCUCUGGUGCAUUCCUUGAAGAUGCUGUUUUUGUAUCAUGCGGACAUUCCUUUGGUGGUCUAAUGCUAAGAAGAGUCCUAGAAAUGUCAAGAUGUACCCUUUGCAAUGCAGAAAUUGAGCCUGGGUCUUCGAUUCCUAAUUUAGCCCUAAGAGCUGCAGCGGCAGCAGUAAAGCAGGAGGAUGAUCGAAGGCUAUUUCAUAAUGCAGCUCUCCGGAAGCGUCGCAAAGAAAUGUCCGACCAAACAGAUUCAACAAGAAGACCAAGCAGGGAGAAUGGAGAUAUUGCUGCUGAUGAUGGAUUACAUAAGGGGGUGCAGUAUCCUUUUUCUGUCAAUGAGAAAGUAGUUAUUAAGGGAAACAGGAGGACUCCAGAAAAGUUUGUUGGAAAGGAAGCAAUUAUCACCUCACAAUGUCUCAAUGGCUGGUACUUGCUUAAAAUUAUUGAAAGUGGUGAGAAUGUUCGUCUGCAAUAUCGCUCCCUUAGGAAAAUUUUGAGCUCUCAGGCCAUUGAAGAUAGGUGUGCUUCCCUGCCAAUUCAGAAUAGCAACUCAUAAAUUCAAAUUUCAGAAAGCACAAUCAUAAUCUCCAUACAGAAGCCCCAUUAACAUAUAAUAUAUACAUAUAUGUCUUUUUGUUUUUGACAAGAAUGUGAUAUGGGUCCUUUUAAGUUUAUGUUUCUGACAUUUAGCUAGGUUAGAGUUAGGUUAUAGCUUCAUUAACUAGUUUGUAGAGUAAAGAGGAAGAUAACAGGGCCAGUUUCUUUGUAACCAUGAUAUCUACGGUGAGAAUUUUUUUAUUAAUUGUAUUUUUUUGUUGCUUAUCUUUUA